AUGGAUUGCCCACAGUGGAUCCUAUUCGGGCUUUUGCUGAUUAGACUUGGCAGUGCCUCGACGCUCAUUGAAUUGCUGGACAGGAUUAGGCAGGAGUCGGAUUUCGAAUACGUGCUGCUCAUGAGGAACAGGAAUAUGAGUGUAUUGGAUCAGGAGUGGAAUAGCAGGACUUUGCCGCAGGACAUGAUGGAUGAGGUGCAGGUUCCUAUCCUCCAGCUGGACGAUAGUGUUAGCUACUUUUUUCAUAAUUUCACAAACAAUCGACUUAUUUCGGUGGUGUUUAUGCGGAAUGCAAAUCUAAAUGAGCAGAAAAGUCUUCUUCAGGCUCUUGUGGCUAACCUUCGGCAUAUGACCACAUCUCGAGUGAUUUUUAUUAUACAAACGGAAGCUAGAAGUGGAGUGCUUUAUGAAUUGUUUAAAGACUGCUGGCGAAUGAAACUUCUAAACGUUAUUGUUUUGUUUGCAGAUCAUGAGACAACCAAAACUUUCUACAGCUACUCACAUUUUCCAAUUCUGCAAAUCGAGGAGCGUAUUUACAAUGCUGAAUUGCAAUCUUCACCCAUAUUUCCCGAUCGCCUGAAAAAUUUCCAUGGCUAUGAGAUGCCAGUGAUUAUUGGAGGCACUGCACCCAGAAUGAUAGCCUAUUAUAAUAGGAUGGGUCGAGUGGUUUACAAGGGCACAGUGGGUCACUUCAUGAUGGCCUUCCAGCAGAAAUUCAACUGUAAACUUGUGCAGCCACUGAAAUUCGCGAAUCCCUUGGAAUUUGCUCCCUCGAUGCAAACGGUGGCAGCGGUGCGUAACGAUUCCGUAGAGAUGUCCAUGUCACUGACUUUUCCGCCAUUUCCUCCGUUUGGGUUUAGUUACCCGUACGAGCAGUUGAAUUGGUGCAUCAUGAUGCCAGUGGAGGCAGAUGUGCCACCCUUGGAGUACUACACCAGGGUCUUUGAACUAAACGCAUUUCUGUUGACAUUGGGCGCCUUGGUGAUCAUUUCCGGCCUGCUGGCCAGCUCCUUGUGGCUUCAUGGCUAUCCAACGGCCAUUAGUGAUUUCCUGCUUCACGACAGCUGUCUGAGGGGAGUGCUUGGGCAAUCCUUUGUGGAGGUUUUCCGAGCGCCCAUACUUGUGAGGGGCAUUUAUUUGGAAAUCUGCGUGCUGGGAAUUCUAAUCACUGCCUGGUACAACUCGUAUUUCUCCAGCUACGUAACCACGGCGCCAAAGCAGCCUGCUUUUAGGAACUACGAUGACGUCUUGGCCUCCACACUGAAGGUGGUGGCUUGGAAACCGGAGUAUGCAGAACUUUUUGGUCGCCUUCUAGAGUUUCGCAAGUACGAACCCAUGUUUCUGGUGGAGCCGGACUUUAGCAAAUAUCUUGCUCGUCGAGACACAUUGGACACACGUUACGGGUAUAUGAUUGCCAGUGGCCGGUGGGUGGUGAUCAACGAGCAGCAGAAGGUAUUUUCCCGUCCGCUUUUCCGGAUGCGUGAAGAUUUCUGCUUCUUCAACAAUGUUCCCUUUGGAUUUCCGCUGCAUGAGAACUCGGUGUUUAUGGAACCGAUACUCCAGCUGAUUAUGGAGCUGGCCGAAACGGGAUUGACUUACUACUGGCUGAAGAAGGUUUUUUCGGAGCUGAUUGAGGCGGGAGAGAUGCACUUUGUGGACCUGAGUCCGAGGAGGGAGUUCCGUGCCAUGCAACUGCAGGAUCUGGAGUAUAUUUGGUAUGGUUUCGCCUUCAUGGCCGUGUUGUCCUCGCUAGUUUGGAUAAUGGAGGUGAUAUUCUAUAGGGUGAAGUCUUCUAAGGGUGUUUUUCCAAUACGUUUAGUAUACCACAAAUAA